AUGGCUGCCCACGCCUGGGAGCCUCCUCAGACCUUCCUGCCCACCUGUUUGUCCCAGGCCCUCCUGUUCCCCGACCUGGAUUCCCUGUGGGGUGAGCGGGUCCGGGUGCAGCAGAUGGGCGGCCUGGGGCGCGCGCACAUCCGCGCCCGCGCGCCCGCCUGCCACCUGCUGGGCGAGGUGCAGGACCCCGAGCUGGAGGGCGGCCUGGCAGCCAUCAGCGCCUGCGACGGGCUGACAGGUGUGUUCCGACUCUCCGACGAGGACUACUUCAUCGAGCCCCUGGAGGGCGUGCCCGCCCGGCCUGGCCACGCCCAGCCCCACGUGGUCUACAAGCGCCAAGCCCCGGAGCGGAGGCGGUCAGAGCCGAGGGACUCCCGAGCUCUAGGUGCCUGCGGGGUGCAAGCGUCGGCAGAGCCGGAGGCCCGGCGAGAGCGCUGGGAGCAGCGGCAGCGGCGGUGGCAGCGCCCGAGGCGUCUGCAGCAGCGCUCCGUCAGCCGGGAGAAGUGGGUGGAGACCCUGGUGGUCGCGGACACCAAGAUGGUGGAGUACCACGGGCAGCCACAGGUGGAGAGCUACGUGCUGACCAUCAUGAACAUGGUGGCCGGACUGUUUCACGACCCCAGCAUUGGGAACCCCAUCCAUGUCACCGUCGUGCGUCUGGUCCUGCUGGAGGAUGAGGAGGAAGACCUGAAGAUCACGCACCACGCGGACAACACCCUGCGCAGCUUCUGCAAGUGGCAGAAGAGCAUCAACAUGAAGGGUGACGCGCACCCGCUGCACCACGACACCGCCAUCCUCCUCACGAGGGUGGAGUGGAGAUCAGUCUGCCAGGUUCUUCUAGAAGCCGCUCAGUGUGGGGUUUACGUGGGUGUGGGCGGGGGCUCCGGCCCCGACGGAGGAGGGAUCCCUGGGCCAGAGCCGCGGUGGCGUCUGCAGUGCAAGGACCCCGCUGUGAGCGGCCGCCGCUGCCAUGAGCCUUUCCCGAGGCUCGUGGAGUUGAACUUCUGUUGGGGUGAAGUAUUUGAGGUCAGGCUUAUGGGCGGAGGGGAGGAGCUGGGCACCAGGCAGCCCAGCAGCAGGGGGUGGGGCCUGUGCUUGGACGACGCUCCCACCAAGGACGUCAUCGACUUCCCCUCGGUGCCCCCCGGGGUCCUCUACGACGUGGGGCACCAGUGCCGCCUCCAGUACGGGGCCUACUCUGCCUUCUGCGACGACAUGGACAAUGUCUGCCACACGCUCUGGUGCUCCGUCGGGACCACCUGUCACUCCAAGCUGGAUGCAGCUGUGGACGGCACCAGGUGUGGGGAAAGCAAGUGGUGUCUGAAUGGGGAGUGCGUUCCUGUCGGCUUCCGGCCCGAGGCCGUGGACGGCGGCUGGUCGGGCUGGAGCGCCUGGUCCGUGUGCUCGCGGAGCUGCGGUGUGGGCGUGCAGAGUGCGGAGCGGCAGUGCACACAGCCGGUGCCCAAGUACAAGGGCAAGUACUGUGUGGGCGAGCGGAAACGCUUCCGUCUGUGCAACCUGCAGGCCUGCCCCCCGGGCCGCCCCUCCUUCCGCCAUGUGCAGUGCAGCCACUUUGACGCCAUGCUCUACAAGGGCCAGCUGCACACCUGGGUGCCCGUGUUCAAUGACGCCAGCCCCUGUGAGCUGCACUGUCGCCCCUCCGACGAGUACUUUGCUGAGAAGCUCAGGGACGCUGUGAUUGAUGGCACCCCGUGCUCCCAGGGCCGGCCCGGCCACGACCUCUGCAUCAACGGCAUCUGCAAGAACGUGGGCUGUGACUUCGAGAUUGACUCGGGUGCCGUCGAGGACCGCUGUGGCGUGUGCCACGGCAAUGGCUCCACCUGCCACACCGUGAGCGGGACCUUCGAGGAGUCUGAGGGCCUGGGGUACGUGGAUGUGGGGCUGAUCCCGGCCGGCGCCCGCGAGAUCCACAUCGAGGAGGUGGCCGAGGCCGCCAACUUCCUGGCCCUGCGGAGCGAGGACCCUCAGAAGUACUUCCUCAACGGGGGCUGGACCAUCCAGUGGGGCGGGGACUACCAGGUGGCGGGCACCACCUUCACGUACGCGCGCACGGGCAACUGGGAGAACCUCACGGCCCCCGGCCCCACCGACGAGCCCAUCUGGAUCCAGCUGCUCUUCCAAGAAAACAAUCCCGGGGUGCGCUACGAGUACACCAUCCACAGGGAGGCAGACGGCCCCGGCCCCGGCCAGCCGCCCGAGUUCUCCUGGAGCUACGGGCCCUGGAGCAAGUGCACGGUCACCUGUGGCACAGGUAUGCAGAGGCAGACGGUGCACUGUACUGAACGGCAGGUAGGGCCUGUGGACGAGAGACACUGUGACCCCCUGGGCCGGCCCGAUGACCGCCAGCGGCCGUGCAGCGAGGAGCCCUGCCCUGCCCGGUGGUGGGCGGGAGAGUGGCAGGCGUGCUCCCGCUCCUGCGGGCCUGGGGGCCUCGCCCGCCGCGCCGUGCUCUGCAUCCGCAGCGUCGGGCUGGAUGAGCAGAGGGCCCUGCCGCCGCCCGCCUGCCUGCACCUCCCUCAGCCCCCAGCCGAAAGCCCCUGCAACCAGGAGGUGCUCUGUCCCGCCACCUGGGCUGUGGGCAACUGGUCUCAGUGCUCGGCUACAUGUGGGGACGGCACUCAGCACCGGAGUGUCCUCUGCACCAACGACACCGGCAUCCCCUGCGACGAGGCCCGCCGGCCGGCCAGCAGGGCACCCUGUCCUCUGCCGUCCUGUCCACGGGUCCUGGACACGCUGGGCCCCGAGGGCUCAGGCAGCGGCUCCUCCAGCCACGAGCUCCUCAACGAGAUCGACUUCAUCGCCCCGCGCCCCCCGCCCCCCGCGCCCCCGUCGCCGGCCGGCAUGGGCAACGCCAUCGAGGAGGACCCAGCGCUGGGCCCACCAGGGCCUGUGUUUGUUGAUGAUUUCUACUAUGACUACAAUUUCAUUAACUUCCAUGAGGACCUCUCCUAUGGGCCCCUGGAGGACCCUGCCCCAGACCUGGCAGGGGCAGGGGGCUGGACGGCCCCGCCACUGAGCAGUCCUGCUGAGCCCUCCUCGGGCACCCCCCUGCUGGCCUCAGAGCCUCCUGGGGCUGAGAAGGAGGGGGCGCUGGGAGAUGGACCCUCUACCCCUUGGCCUGGCCAGGCUGGCCUCUCUCCACUCCCGCCCUUGCGGCCGACCCCUGGGAGCCCCCUGGCCAAUUCCUUGCCUGAGGAAGACACCCCCGUCGAGGCCCCAGACUCCAGCCCCCCCGGCUGGCCCCCCACUUCAGCCAGUGGCACGGAGAUGCCAGCUGCUCCUGGGAGCCAAAACAAGCUCCCGGGAGGGGAAGACAGCCAGAGCUGGACGCCCCCUCCGCGGUGGGAGAGGACCAACGAGCUAUCUGAGGAGGAGGAGGAGGAGGGGGGUGCCAGCCUCCCCCAGGGGCCCCGCCCCACCUCACCCACCUUGUCCUCCAUGGGCCCCAGCCGCCCCUCCCCCAGUCCCGACGCAGGAUCUCUGUGGACAGCUGGGACUGUGGCCUGGGAGCCGGCUCUGAGCCGUGGCCCUGGGCCAGUGGACAGUGAGCCGUGGCCCGCCACUGGGGGGGCUCCUGCCCCUCCCCCUCCACUACCCCCACCGAGUCCUCUGCCAGAGACCCAGGGCAGGGAUGGCGCCUUGGAGCCCUGGCCUCCCGUCCCUUGGACCCCGGCAGCACCAGGAGCCUUCCUCCCGACACCCCCAGGCCCAGAGUUCCCCGGCUCUGCGGCACCCACCCCAGCUCAGGGCAGCUGGACCAAUGGCAGCAGCGUCCCUGAGGCCCAGCCGGACCCCAGCCUGGCUGCGCCCCUCCUCCCUGCCGCAAAUGCCAGCUGGGAAGCGGGGAACUGGAGUGAGUGCUCCACCACCUGCGGCCUGGGCGCCGUGUGGAGGCCGGUGCGCUGCAGCUCCGGCCGGGAGGACGACUGUGCCCCCGAGGGCCGGCCCCAGCCCGCCCGCCGCUGCCACCUGAGGCCCUGUGCCGCCUGGCACGCGGGCAACUGGAGCAAGUGCUCCCGCAGCUGUGGUGGAGGGUCCUCGGCACGGGACGUGCAGUGUGUGGACACGCAGGACCUCCGGCCACUGAGACCCUUCCACUGCCAGCCGGGGCCGGCCAUGCCCCCUGCCCGCCGGCCCUGCGGCACCCGGCCCUGCCUCAGCUGGUACGUCUCUUCCUGGAGAGAGUGCUCGGAGGCUUGCGGUGGGGGUGAGCAGCAGCGUCUGGUGACCUGCCCGGAGCCGGGCCUCUGUGAGGAGGCCCUGAGACCCAACAGCACGCGCUCCUGCAACACCCACCCCUGUACGAAGUGGGUGGUGGGGCCCUGGGGCCAGUGCUCAGCCCCCUGCGGCGGCGGCGUGCAGCGGCGCCUGGUCAGGUGCGUCAACACCCAGACCGGGCUGCCGGAGGAGGACAGUGACCAGUGCGGCCACGAGGCCUGGCCGGAGAGCGCCCGGCCGUGCGGCAGCCAGGACUGCGAGCUCAGCGAGGCCCCGCGCUGUGAGCGGGACCGCCUGUCCUUUGGCUUCUGUGAGACCCUCCGCCUGCUGGGCCGCUGCCAGCUGCCUGCCGUCCGCACCCAGUGCUGCCGCUCGUGCCCCCCGCCAGGCCACGGAGUCGCCUCCCGCGGCCACCAGCGCGUGGCUCGCCGCUGACCCGCUGCAGCCAGGCCGCACAGAUGGACUUUCCCAGACGCACAGACCUCAGCCCCGGUGCGGGCUGCACCCCCAAGGUGCUAACCUGGCCUGCGGACGGCGGGCUGGGGACCUCUCCCCCCCCAAGAAAGGUAUUUUUUUAACGGUUUGCAUAACAUUAUUAUUAUUAUUCAUAAAU